AUGUGCCUCAUCCUCAAAGUCCACUACACAUACUGCAUCUGCCACAAAACAAUCCUCCUCCCCUGCCCCUCCAAAUCCAGCACAACCUCCUCCCUCCUCACCACCCUAAUCACCAAGAACCACGGGCUCAUCGACCUCCUCCGCUCCUCCACCACGCUAACCCACCUCGCGCGCUCCGCCCUCUCAACCUCCACGCUCGACAAACUAAGCCGCUUCUCCACCUCCACGCCAAACACAAAACACACAUCCGCGUCCGACAAGUUGGUCGGGAAAUUAGUCCGCGGUCCAACAGUCAGCUGCGCGCUGCUCGGCGGGAUCUUGGAGAUCGAGAAAGGCGUGAACACGUGUGCGGUGCUGGAGACGAGCGAGUGGUUGGAGCCGCUGGAGGGCGCGUGUACGGCCGAGGAGGAAUGGGGGUGUGUGCAGGUGAAGGAGGCGUGGAAGUUUGAUGAGGGGAGGAGGCGGAAUGAGGGGUUUGUGUUGACGGAGUUCUUGGAUAAAUGUUAUGUGUAUGCGGAUCCGAUUGUGUGGGAUGAGGAUGGGGAUGGGGAUGGGGAUGGGGAUGGGGAUGGGGAGGAGGGGAUGAGGGUUGUAAGACCGGUGGGGGAGAGGAGUAGGUCGGAGGAGAGUCAGUUGUAUGCGCCUGAGAUGCAUGCGAGGUCGCAUAGUUUUUCGUAG